CUCAGCCCCCUUUCACAACAGCAGAGGCACUUUUAUUUAACUGCAACAUAGUACUACCUCCAACAAAGCAUUACUCACUCAUUCACUCAUAUGGUGUUUAUAUAGAGCGUGCAGACUGUUGCUCUCACAGUCUCUGUUUAGCUGGUGGUUAAAAUACACCAAGGAAACAAGCCAAGAGAUUGCUCAGCAUUAACUGCAGGUCCCUACAUACUGAGCUACGUGUUGCUGAACAACCCAGACAUGACAAUGCUGAAGAUAUUGGUCGGAGUUUUACUUUGCUUGUCCUCCGUGGUGUUGGGACAAUAUGAUGACGGCUUUCUUCAGGUUGAUUAUGAAAAUCUGUCUUACAAUGACAUUUCCGACCCCGAAGAAGCUACUCCGACUCCCUGCAAGUCCACAGAGCUCACAAAAUGGGACAAACUUUUUUCUAUGCUGGAGAACUCACAAAUGAGAGAAAACAUUCUCCUCCAAUAUGUGGACGAGAUCAUUAAGGUGGAGCUCCAGAGCAUUCGUGAUGAAAUGCAUCAGUUUGUGGCUAACUUUGCUGGAACUUGCACUAAUGCCAUUGACAGUGCCAGCACACGCAUAACCUCGCAACUGGAUGGCAAGUUAAUGCAAAUCGCAGAGAGGAUUGGGGAUACCAACACCGUGCAUCAAUCCCAGCAUUACAAGGUCCUGGAACAGCUGCUUAUGGCCAGCCAGGACACAGCGUACAGACUCAGCAAAAUUGAGAGCGCCUGGCAGAAUGGAGCGGAAGCACAGGGUCUGCAUUCAGAGAUCAAGCAGCAGGAUGUCUCUGUCUAUACAGGGUUAGAAAAGGUUAUGGAUUCCAUGGCUUACGAUCUUCAGAAAACCAGAGCUGAACUACAGCUCUCCCAGAAAUGGGUUGCUCAGCACUUCCUGCCUUCAGGGUGCGAAGUGGCUCUGUUAUUUCCAAUGCGCUCCAGGAAGAUUUUCGCCAGUGUCAACCCCGCUGCAUCCAUGACACUUGAUUCGUUCACAGCAUGCAUCUGGUCCAAGGUCACAGAUGCUCUCAACAAAACGGUUCUUUUCUCUUACGGGACCAAGAGAAACCCUUAUGAAAUUCAACUCAGUCUCAGUCAGCAAUCAGCAGUCCUCUCUGUGGGAGGUGACACGUACUCAACUGUUGCGGCAAAUGCAGCCACCGUCGGAGAGUGGGCCCACUUCUGCGGCACAUGGAGCUCAAACGAAGGCAAUGCUUCUCUUUGGGUAAACGGAGAGCUUGCAGCUACCUCCACAGGAGUGGCAGAAGGCCAUCCAAUCCCAGAUGGAGGGAUCUUACAGCUAGGCCAAGAGAAAAAUGGCUGCUGUGUGGGAGGUUUUGAUGAAAAGCUGGCGUUCUCUGGGAAGCUGACUGGAUUCAAUAUCUGGGACAAGGUUCUGGAUAAAGAGCAGAUAGCUCACUUAGCUAAAGGGGAGGGUUCGUGUAGUACUAGGGGAAAUGUGGUUGGUUGGGGUGUUACAGAAAUUCUACCACAUGGCGGUGCUCAGUAUAUUCACUAAUAUGUAUCUAUGGACAGCAUAGAGCACCCUACGCGCUGUAUUCAUAAUACACGUGCGUGCCAGUGCUAAACGCUUUAUGAAUAUGUCAUUUAUUGAUUGAAAAAUUACCAAAUGAUAGGACUUGGAAGAGCAACUUGAAAUAUAUGUGAAAUAUCAGAGCUACAUAUUCUUCUUGUGUAAUUCAUUAAGUAUAAUUUCAUUUUUCAGAUAUCCAUUCCUGGUGACUCUUUAAAACUCAAAAGUUGAAAGCACCCUUCCGGCCUAAAUAACUCUCAGAAUCACGUCGAAGCUGUAAGUACAGGUGGCACACCAGAGUGUAACCAUUAACCUGUCCCCCCCGUCCCUCCCCCCCCGAUGCCCCCCCCGCCCGCUACAACACUUCAUCUAGUGGAUAUACUGUAAGAUACACAUCAGUAAGAAAUACCACAUAAAAAGAUUGUGGUAUUUCAUGCAGAAUGCUUAGUUAUUGAGACUACAGGACUGGAUUAAACUGCUGUUAUCUAAAAAGUUACAUGGAUGGGGUCACUGAAAUAGAAAAUGGUAUAAAAUGAAUCUAAAAAAAAACAAGAAGAAUACAUUAGUUAAGAUAACUGACACUUAAUACACACACCAAGUUAUUUUUUAAAGGAAGUUUAUAAUAUCCGUUUACAAAGUGCAGUUCCUUUACUUCCGAACACAGCAAAUGCCAGCUGUUCAGGUGCCAAAUCAUGUCAUAUAACACCUAAACUCAGUAACAGGUCUACAGCAUGUUGUCUAGCCUGAGUUUAUUAAAAAGAGAAGCUUUUUUUGUCUACAAAGAAGUUAUUCAUUGGUAUUGUAUAAUUAUUAAUUCCUAAAUCAUAUUUAACAGAAAUGUUCAAGUUUUGUUUACAUUUCAAGAGGGAGCUGGGUAUUAAAACCCCUUAUUGCUAAACUGCAAAUGUGUCUCUCAGAUUCUGCUCUGCUAAUCUGACUGGAGAGCGCUUUAUCGUGAGUCUUAGAUGUGAACAAAUGCAAUGCAAGUUGCUAAAUGCUCAAUAUUAUUGUCUUAAAUUCUAUUUUGUUUGGUUUUUUAAGCUGGAAAAUUUUUUUCAGAUGUAUUAUAAAAAUAAAAAAUAAAAGUUUACAAGUUAAAAACAUCUUUCAGUUUUGAAUCUAUAGAGAGUACAUGUGUUAUAUUGUUAUAUUGUAAAUUCUGCUUUUAGCCAACAUUAUGAUAUGAAAGUGAAUGUAUUUUAUAUUUGUGUCCCAUAAAUAAAAAUAAAGUAAUUCAAAACA